CGUUGAGCCGCGGCCGCGGAGGCUGAAGCAAUGGAGGGUCCUGGAGGCAGCUGAGACACCGCGUUGGAGCGACUGUCGCGACAAUGUCACACGAAGGCUCGAGGCAGGCGAGAGACCGUGGGGUGACCCGAUCCAAGGCUGAAAAAGCCCGGCCGCCCACCCAGCCGGUGCCGCAGGUGGACAUCGUGCCCGGGCGGCUCAAUGAGGCAGAAUGGAUUGCGUUUAUGUCCCUGGAGGAGGGCGAGGAAGUAGUGGGUGACAUCUUGGCCGACCUUCUGACGCGAGUUAUGGAGUGUGCCUUCAAAGUCUACCUGACCCAGCAGUGUGUCCCAUUCACCAUUAGUCAGGCCAGAGAAGCCAUGCUGCAGAUCACUGAGUGGCGCUUCCUGGCCCGGGAUGAGGGAGAAUCUGCAGUGGCCGAGGACCCCACGUGGGGCGAGGACGAGGAACCCCUGGCAUGCAUCACGGAUGCUUGGGCCCAGGGCUCCGUGCCUGUACUGCACGCACCGGCACCCGUUGGUGUAGAGGAGCACUUCCAAGGCGAAGAACCUGGGAACCCGGACCAGUUCCUUUUAGGUUCACCGUGGUUGGACAAAGACUCCCAGGAGCCAACAGCAUCUUCAGGGCCUUCUGCCGAGCCAAGACCCACGCCCACCUUGGAGGUGUUUCAGGAAGCUUUGGAAGACCCCAAUGACCAGGAGCAGAGCCACAUCUUGGCCACGUCUUCAAACACAUCUUUACGGCCUAGUCACGUCUUGGCCGUGCCUUCGAAGGACUCGCUGGAAGAGGUGCGAGUCCACAGUCCCCAUCCUUCCCUGGAUCUGCCCCAAGCAGUCAACCUCCAGGCCUCUGAGAAGGAUUCGUCCCUCUGCUCCCACCUGUCCCUCGAAGAUCUUUACCGCUGCGUGUCUCAGCCAGACGCGGCAGGGGACCGGCUGAAACCCGAGAGCAAGGGCACGACACGCACCUCCUCGGACGGGUCUAUGCCUCUCCUCAGUACGCUCACCCUAGAAAAGCCCUCUGGGUCGCCACAGCCUGAAAGCUUGGAUACGCGGCAUAGCCGCAAGACGCCCAUAGUGCGCCUGGAUCCCGCGCGGUUGCCCCGCCACUGGGUGCGCCCUGUGGCCGAGGUCCUGAUCCCCGACACCGAAGCUCGCCCUUUGGAAAUAUAUCGCGGGCGCCUGCGGGGUGAAAAGAGCCAAGCUGGGGUCCGAACCUCAGCAAGCGGGUCCCAAGCCCUCUCCUCGCAUGCGCACCCCAAACUCCAUCUCUCUACCUUAAAGUUCCCUCUCCAGUAUUCUGCUCCAUUCCGUGCUUUGGGCCUGGAUCCCACUUUAAACUUGGCCCAAUCCUCACCAACCUUCGGGUCAAAGUUGCCAUUCCUCAGCCCCGGGUUCCGGUUCCUCGCCAGAAACUCAAACCCUCCCGAAGUCUCCCGCAGUCCCAGUCCCAAACUAUGGCCUCGAGCUAAGUGGCCGAGUGGCUGGGAGCGGGAGGCCGAGCAGCUGGGCGAGCUGUGGGCAGGUCGGACUCGCGUCCCUCCACAGGGCCAGGAACCCGUUGAAGAUGACACCUCGGAGGACUCUGGAUGGCCCCUAGCGGCGCCCCAGGUCCUCGAGGCCACGUCCCAGGUUCUGUGGAAGCCCAUGGUUCUUUCAGAAAACAUGAAGCUGGUCCCUGGUGUGAGUAUGUGGAACCGGGGCACCCAGGAGCUGCUCAGCCCUGCUGCCAUCCAGGAGGAGGUUGAAGGAGGCACCUCCCAUGCGACUGAGCAGCAACCCAUCCAGACAGGUGUGUCCAAGCCGCAGGUGAUUAUGACACAGCUAAUAAAGAAGGAAACCCCCAAAGCCUGGCUGCUCCCAGCCAAACCUGUACCCCACUCUGGGUCCUGA